GGUAGGCGCCUUAGGGGCCGGCAGGACCCUGACCCCAAGAUGGCGGCGCCCAGUGAAGUGGACGCGGCUUCCUCCGGCGAAGGCGAUGGCGGGGGCAGCAGCUUUGGAUCGUGGUUGGACGAACGGUUGGAGGCGCUGGGAGUGGACCGAGCCGUUUACGGCGCAUACAUCCUGGGAGUUCUGCAGGAGGAGGAGGAAGAAGAGAAGCUGGAUGCUCUGCAGGGUAUCCUCUCUGCUUUCCUGGAAGAAGAUUCCCUCCUUAACAUCUGCAAGGAGAUUGUGGAGCGAUGGUCAGAAACUCAAAGUGUUGUCACCAAAGUGAAAAAAGAAGAUGAGGUACAGGCCAUUGCCACCCUAAUUGAGAAACAGGCACAGAUUGUGGUGAAGCCCAGGAUGGUGUCAGAAGAGGAGAAGCAGAGAAAAGCUGCCCUCCUGGCCCAGUAUGCUGAUGUGACAGAUGAAGAGGAUGAAGCAGAUGAGAAGGAUGAUUCAGGUGCCACCACAGUGAACACUGGUUCUGACAAAUCUCUGUUUCGAAACACCAACGUGGAAGAUGUCCUCAAUGCCCGAAAACUGGAGCGAGACUCACUUCGGGAUGAGUCCCAAAGGAAGAAGGAACAGGACAAGCUGCAGAGGGAGAAGGACAAACUAGCCAAGCAGGAGCGCAAGGAAAAAGAAAAGAAAAGGACACAACGAGGGGAGCGGAAGCGAUAACCUUGGUCCAUUCUAUUCUUUCUCUUCAUGAACUGAUCCAAGGGAGAACUGGUUGUGCACAUAUAUAUUUAAGAAAAAUGAGAGAACAUUGCAGAGUGGUUUCCCAAGGCAUUUACGCUUUUGUUUACAUGGUCAAAAGGAAAAUCACAAACACUUCUAAUUACAUAAUGUGCCAUGUCUCUGUGGUGUGGGUAAUCAAAUUAUUGUAGUAGAUAUCUGUUCCAAAGAUCUGGAAUGGGGGCCGCCUUUAUAUUUUAGUACUGAAGUCUUGCACUCCUUUUGGCCACUUUCAAAAGUCUUCUCACCUGGAAUAUUCAGAAAGCUGACAGUUACAGUUUUUAUCUUGAAGGAGAAUCAUGGCCAUUCCUUCCCUGAGAUGAAAUGUGGGAAUGUAAAUUGCUUCAGAAGUAAUAUUCACCCUUAAAUGUAUUGUUUUAUGGCUGAAAUAGAAAGUUAAUGAAGAGCCCUAUCUGGGUCCAGAUUUUAUGUCGCAUUGCAACAGACUAGGAAAAUGAGAAAUUAUUUGAUGGAUGUUCGAGAUUUGAGAAUGUUUUUUUUUAAAAAAGUUCAGCCUAUGAGAGGAAAAGAAAUAUCUUUAUUUUUCCUCACCUAGGUUGUGAUUUUAAGGGUGUGUAAGUAUUGUGUGCAAGGAUAUUAUUGUUAGCUAGAUUCAUUUUUUGUAAUCAUGAAUCCUCAAUUGCUAGUAGAGAUUUUAAUCUUGAUUUACCCUCAAACAAAUGAGUUGAAAGACCUGAUAAUUACGGGUUUAGAGAAACUGGAGGAACCUCCCUUUUUAAGAAACACUGGAAAGCUCUGCUAACACAAAACAUAUUUAAUAGUGUGCAUAGUAGGUGCUCAACAGGUUAACUGAGUGACUGGGAAGAUUGCUUGGGAGGGUCAAAAGUGAGGAGGAACUCUCCAUUUCUACUUUUGACAUUCGUCAGAUUUAAUUUUAAAUAAGGCCUCUCUCUCCUUCAGACAGCAGACUGUCAAGAAGCCUGAAGAGAGCAAUUUUUCUGACAAGACAAAGUAGACAUUUUUAUACCAGGGGUCAGCAAAUUACUGCCUGCAAAAUAAAUCUGGCUCAGUAUGUUUUUUAUGGUGCAAACAGUGGAUUUUAAAGGGUUGUUUGUUAAAGAAAGGAUGUGACAGAGACCUUAUGUGGCUUGUAAAGCCUAAAAUACUUUCUGGCCCUUCACAGUUUGCUGACCUGUUUUAUUUCAUUAACUAUGAGAUUAACACAAAAUUUUACCUUUAUGCAGAAGGUAAAAAGCACGGUUAAGGAAAAGAUGUUACCUCUAUACACUCCUAUAACCGUGACAUUGCAAAAAUUAAAAAAAAAACUAACCACCUUUUUAAAAAAAUAAACUUUAUUUAAAUCAG